ACUAUCAUCAAUAAGCCUCCUCUCUCUCUCUCCUCUCUCUCACUCUCUCUCUGCCAGCAGCAGAAGAAGCAUCCUAUAGGCUAAUCACUUGGUAGUUUCAAUCCAGCCUCAGCAUCCUCCUCCCCCCCUCCUAGAAGAGGAAAGCCGGUGUGUGCGAGGUGUUUUUGUCCGCUACCAUGGUGGGAAUUACGGAUAUCGUGUGCCUUCUCGUCCCGCUGGUGAUGCUCGCGGGCUCUACCUUCCAGACCGACGUGAAAAACGUCAAAGAGGCGGAAAAAACGGGAAAUUUCAUGGAAGACGAGCAGUGGCUGUCCACCAUUUCACAGUACAGCCGCAAGAUCAAGCACUGGAAUCGCUUCAGAGACGAGGUAGAGGAUGAUUACGUUCGUACCUGGGAUGAAAAUCAAGGUUCUAACGACAAUGUAGACACCACCAAGGACCCCUGUCAAAAGGUUAAGUGCAGCCGACACAAGGUGUGCAUCGCCCAGGGCUACCAGAGAGCCGUGUGCGUCAACCGCAAGAAACUUGAACACAGACUGAAGCAGCCCGCUCUCAGGUCUCCUGAUGGAAACUGUCAGCCAUGUCCCAUCUCCUCCACAGGCCCUGUGUGUGGAUCAGACGGACACAACUAUGCCUCAAAGUGUAAGCUGGAGCAGCAGGCGUGUCUUACAAGGAAGGAUCUUACCCUGAAGUGUUCAGGACUCUGUCCUUGUCCAACCGCUGCCCCUACGUCCAAGGAGAGUAAACAUGAGAGCUGCACUGGACAGGAUCUGGCUGAUCUUGGGGAGCGUCUGAGGGACUGGUUCCAGCUACUGCAGACCAAUGCCAAACAAAACAACAAUAGCAAGCCUGGGGCUAGAACCACUGGAGCCAGCACCACAUCAGUGCUGGACAGGAGCCUGGUGGCCAGCUGUAAGGACUCCAUAGGCUGGAUGUUUUCCAAGCUGGACACCAAUAGCGACCUGUACCUGGAUCAGGCUGAGCUGGCUGCCAUUAACCUAGACAAGUACGAGGUCUGCAUCCGGCCCUUCUUCAACUCCUGUGACUCCUACAGGGACGGCAAGGUCUCCACUGCCGAGUGGUGCCUGUGCUUCUGGAGGGAGAAGCCACCCUGUCUGGCUGAACUCGAGAGGAUCCAAGUACUAGACGGCGGCAAGAGAAAAUAUGGUCGAUUCAUCCCCAGCUGCGAUGAGGAUGGCUAUUACAGGAAGCAGCAGUGUGACAGGGGAGAGUGUUGGUGUGUUGACCAAAACGGAGGAGAAGUAGCCGGAUCUAGGAUUCGUGGCAAGCCAGAUUGCGAUGAUGAAAUGGCAUAUUCAGGUGAUUUUGGCAGUGGGGUUGGAUGGGAGGAUGAGGAAGAGAAAGAAGCCGAGGAGACUGCAGAGGAGGCUGAAGAGGAAGAGGGAGAGGUGGGAGAGGUGGAUGAUGGGGGCUAUAUCUGGUAAAGGGCGAACAUGUAGUCCGACGUCUCUACGGGGAGCAUCUUGGUGGUUCCAAACACACACACACACACACAAACACACACAUACACAGAUCCUUCAAAGAGAUGGACGUGAAGAAGCUCUCACACUCAGAACACUGGCUUAUGAAAAAGCGAGGGAGAGGGUUGCGCGGGUUGGGAGCGGGAAGAUGCAUACGUUAUGGGAGUAUUUAAUGUUACAGGAUGUUCUUAAAAUGGGUGGGGGAAAGGGGGAAAUAUCACUAUUUAGAAAUUAUGGGUCUGGAAUCAAGAAAUUUUGUCCCCCAUACUUGUGAAUCUUUGUUCUCUUCUGUUGUAUGUCUUUUGAACCAUUUGAGCAGUUUUUAGCUGAUGCAUAAUGGAGACUAAGCAGCUGCAGGUGCUUGUCAUGUGCUUGCAUAAAAAAAAAAAAAAAUUGGGUGCAUGUCAGUAGUCUACAUUGGCCUCUUUCAUCUUUUCUCCUCUGCGGAUUAACACAACUUAGAGAACCAGUUCUGGUUUUUUAGGCAGGAAACAGGUGAUGAGGCCGUGUUAAAGUACUGAAAAGCACCCUUUGACUUUACUGUUUUCAUGUCAUAUGCUUCAGCUCAUAUGUGACAGUAGUGCUCUGUCUCAUUUACGACUUAUUAAAAGAAAAGUUUCUCACACAUCACUCUUUAGCUUGUAUAUAAUGUGUGUAUCGAAAGAUUGUCACCUAUUAGUCCCAUUAUCAAUGACUUGAAAGACUAGCAGAAUAUACUGUCUGGCUGUCAAGUGUACAUCGUAUCAUAAUGUGGAUCAAUUAUUGUGUUUAAUAAAAAAUAAAUAAAACAAAAUAAACUGG